AAAGCACCCUAAAACACAGAUAGUCUUAAAAAUUCACCAAUGGUGGUAAAGCAUGGUCUCUUAAUUGAAGAGUUAUCUCAUCAAUGUCGAGGAAAGAGUUAAGCAGCUGGGUGCUCAUUAAAGCUAACAUGCAUGUUGUUGGUUUUGAUGCCUACAUGCUAUUAUAAUAAUCUUCAUCUCUGUUGCUUUGUGUUUAAACUGGGGCUGACUUGUUUAUUUGUUUGCUUCAGGUUGGAUGGUGCUGAAAGAAGAGACUGGAGAACUUAAUGAAAUGGAGGAAAUAGAUCAGUAUAAGAGACAAGGCUUGCGGACUGAUGAAAAAUCCACAGGAGUUCAGGAAACCGAAUCUAAAUUCAAGUGCUGUCACUGUGGGAAGCAUUUUAGAAAUGGACAAAACCUUAAAAACCACAUGAGAGUUCACACUGGAGAGAAGCCGUUCACCUGCAAACAGUGCGGGAAGUGUUUUUCUCUAAAUCAAUACCUCACAGCUCACAUUAGAGUUCACACCGGCGAGAAACAUCUUACCUGCCAGCAAUGUGGAAAGUGUUUCACACAAACCCAAAACCUUAAAGUUCACAUGAGAAUUCACACUGGUCUGAAGCCGUUUACUUGCCCAAAAUGUGGAAAGGGUUUCAGUCAAAAGGCACACGUUAUGGACCACAUGAGAGUUCACACUGGAGAGAAGCCUUUCAUCUGCCAAAUAUGUGCAAAGGGUUUCACUCAAAAGCAAAACCUUCACGUUCACAUGAGAAUUCACACUGGAGAGAAACGUUUUAGCUGCCGACAAUGUGACAGGAGUUUUACACAGAAAAACAACCUGGAUUACCACAUGAGAACCCACAAAGGUCUAAUGCUGCUGAAAGAAGAGACUCAAGAACUUGAUGAAAUGGAGGAAGUAGAUCAGAAACACAGUUUAAGGACUGAUAAAAAAUCCACAAUUCAGGAAACCAAAUCUUAUAUGUGCCGUCACUGUGGGAAGAGUUUCUGUCGUGAAAAGAACCUUGAAAUCCACAUGAGAGUUCACUUCGGAGAUAAGCUGUUCACCUGCAAACAGUGCGGACAGGGUUUCAAUCAAAUUCAACACCUUGAAGUUCACAUGAGAACUCACACUGGCCAGAAGCCGUUUACUUGCCGAAAAUGUGGAAAGAGUUUCGCUCAAAAAGCACAUCUUAUAGACCACAUGAGAGUUCACACUGGAGAGAAGCCUUUCGUUUGUUACUUGUGCGGAAAGGGUUUCACUCAAAAGCAAAACCUUCAAGUUCACAUGAACCUUCACACCGGAGAGAAACGCUUUAAUUGCCAACAAUGUGAGAAAAGUUUCUCUGUAAAACACACUCUUAAAAUGCACAUGAGAGUUCACACUGGAGAAAAACCUUACGCCUGCUCUGGAUGUGGAAAGGCUUUUAAACAGAAAAGCGGCCUUUAUAGCCACAAUAAAGUUUACAAACAUUAGAGAUCUUUUACCUGGCAACUGUGGAAAGAGUGUCCCUGCAAAUCAAGGUGAUAGUUAGUUUUCAUGUGUAACACUUUUACCACAUCAAACUUGUGUUUGCAGCCCUUCCAGCGGUAACCCAUCACAAGAAAACAUCCAUACACACUCAUUCACACACAUACACUACAGACAAUUUUAGCUUACCCAA